AUGUACCCCAAGGGUUCUUGGACAGGUACCCCCAGGGUUCCACCUCAAUCGAGGUGGAAGCGGACAGGUACCCCCAAGGUUCUAGAAAAGGGGAAAGAGCGCCGAGGAUGGACAUGGGGGAGGGGGAUAAGAGGUGAAGGCAGAAGUGGACCGAACUAUAAAAAGAGAAGCAGAGGGAAUCACCAGCAUCAGAACUCAGCUGACUUCAUCCGGUCAAGACCUGAUUCCAGUCUCAAGAUGAAGCUGAAAACAGUAAUUGUGGUGCUCUGUGCAGUGGCACUAGUGUCUGCUGGAGGUGGAGGGGGAGGUUAUGGUGGAGGAGGCGGAGGAAAAGGAGGAGGUGGAGGUUACGGUGGAGGAGGAAAAGGAGGAGGAGGUGGAGGUUAUGGUGGAGGAGGAAAAGGAGGAGGAGGUGGAGGCUAUGGCGAAGGUGGAAAAGGAGGUGGCGGCGGAGGCUAUGGCGGAAGUGGCGGCGGUGGUGGAGGAUUUGGAGGAGGAGGUGGAGGUUAUGGAGGAGGUGGAGGAGGAGGUGGAGGUUAUGGAGGAGGUGGAGGUGGAGGCGGAGGAUACGGAGGAAGUGGAGGUGGAGGAGGAAGUUACGGAGGAGGUGGGAGCGGAGGUUACGGAGGCAGUGGAGGUGGAGGAUAUGGAGGAAGUGGAGGAGGCGGAGGAGGAUUUGGAGGCGGUGGUGGAUACGGUAGCAGUGGAGGUUAUGGUCGUUAAGAAGCAUUGUUCCGAAAUCUCAGACUGUCUAAGAAUUCCCUGAAUAAACCCAAUAAAAAGGCCCUUUACAUUUCAUUCCAAACCUUUCUUUGCAUUUCAUCAAAUACCGAACGAUGGAACCGUCUCUCAACCACUUAAGUUGCUAUGAAACUUUUCAAUGUCUGUUCUUUUCUCCUCUCAAUG